AUGUCCAGCUGCCAGCCUUGCCACCCCUGCUACAAGCCCUGCUCCCCCUGCCACCAGCCCUACAACCCUUGCUGCCAGCCCUGCGGCCCCACCCCGCUGGCCAGCAGCUGCAAUGAGCCCUGUGUCAGGCAGUGCCAGAGCUCCACCAUCAUCAUUGAACCCUCCCCUGUGCUGGUGACCCUGCCUGGCCCCAUCCUCCGUUCCUUCCCACAGAACACCGUGGUGGGAUCCUCCACCUCUGCUGCUGUUGGCAGCAUCCUCAGCUGUGAUGGAGUGCCCAUUAAUUCUGGGGGCUUUGACCUGUCCUGCAUCACCAACCGCUACUGCAACAGGGUCUGCUAA